CCCCAGUUGCUAGGCCGUUUACUGUACUUGUUUAUGUGCGGCUGGUCAACGAAUUUGAAGUAACACAUCGCCAAGGACAAGAUGAUAUCGAUUCCGUCUCGCCCAUACAAACACACUAACAUGACUCGGCAUUUUAACAGGUGCAAAAUAGAAAAUCCCAAAAAGCCAGCAGCACGUAUAGGAAGUAGCGAAGAUCUCUAUCAUUCUACACGGAGAGAUAUCGAAAAGCAGAUCGUCGUCUAUUGGACGUCUUGUGAUUUUGAUUUGCCCACUUGUUUUUAUUUUUAGGCACAGCGUAUGUUUUUCGGUGAUAACGAGAUGGUAUUAGAAGAGAAAAACUAGACCUUUGGGAUACGCUUUUAUUAGAUAGUAUUCAGAGUUGUGCUUUCGACGUACUACCUCCAGUACUUUGACUGCAGUCUUCCCAUUUCUUGUACCACCUCCAUUCGAUUCUUGAAAUUCAAACCCCAAGAAUAUCGAAAGAUGACUAGACAAGUGAAGAGCUUGGCAGAUCGGCAGCAUUUCUGGAAGACCCUCUUUGAGGCGAAGAAAUUGGCUGCCCAACUGGCCUCUCUGGCAACAGAUCAUAUCGAUGGCGUCACUUACGAUGAUCUGCCCCACUACGGACAAGUGCAUGUUGUGGCCGAAUCCGCGUCCAGCCUAGGGGACAAUUUUAUGAGCGAUACUUUCAUUGUAACAGCUCAACUUACAGCAUCGGAAAACAAGACUCAGACGUUGAGUACCUUUAUCAAAGUCCUUCCAACGAAUGCGCUCUUGCGUCAGGCAGCGUACGAGGCACACACUCAUCAUCGUGAGAUUAACAUGUACCAUCAUUUCUUUGGCCUACUGAGGGAAAUGCAUGCCGAUCAACCGAUCCCGCUAGACGUGCCCGACGUCUACUACACUCACAUCGAAGAGAUGGUCAAGGAUGGAACAGAUGGUUCGGGUAUUUGUACGUUGCUCGAGGACCUCAAAGCCCAGGGUUAUCGCAUGGCUGAAAAGACAUUAGGUGCUGAUUAUCGACACUGUCACAUGGCACUGACGUCAUUGGCUCAUUAUCACGCCUUAACUUUGAAUAUCCUAAGAAAAUGGACGGAUCCUUUGACUGGAGAAUUGACAAAUAUGCCAUCGACAACUGAAUUUUUCUUGAAAGAAAAGACAAUGUACGAUAUGGGUCUGCUCGAAAUGAUCCAAGAUAAUUUCAAAAACAUUGUCGAAUUCGCUGCAGAGGUCGAAAGACCCGAUCUCGUCGAAUGGUUAAAAGAAAUGGAAGAACGUUUGCCCGACGUUAUCAUGUACGAUACAAAGGAAAAUUGUGGUCCAUUGGCUUGCAUCCUUCAUGGUGAUUUCUGGAACAACAACAUGCUGUUCAAAUACGAUGGUCAGCAAGGAACCAAUGCCCGUUCCAACAUUCCGAUAGCACUCAAGAUGAUUGAUUUUCAAAUUUCAAGAAUCGGACAUCCUAUUAGUGACAUCCUUUACUUCAUGUACUCGAGCGCUGCCCCUGAGACGAGAGAGAAACAUAUGAUCGUAUUACUUCGUUAUUAUUUCGAUACUCUAACCACUGAUUUGAGGUUACUUGGCAUUUCGCUCGAUGACUACACUUGGCAAGAUUUCUUCAAAGACUACAAGAGGAGGUCGUUAACGUGGAUGUUUAUGGGCAUCGUCGUUUUAUCUUUUGUUUUGAACAAGAAAGUGCUGACCAAGUUGGACGAUUUGGAUGCGGAGGAGAGGCUCAAAGAACCAAAACCAGAAUCGGACGUGGAACCAGAAAAAGGUGCCAGUGGAAUGACUCUGGAAUUGGAAGAAACCAUGAAGAACAUGAUGAAAUCACAGAAAUUGAGCGAUAAUCCAAUCCUUACCGAUCGACUUUUGAAACUGAUUGUAGAAGUUAAAGCCCUCAACAGUUCUUAAUACCUAUAUUUACUGUUUCCAGCCAUUUAUUGUUUAUUGCAUUUUAAAUUUUAGGAUUUCCAAUAAUCGACGC